AGGACGCCCUCGCGGACAUCGAGCAGCACCGGCGGCAGCUGCACGAGCUGGCCGACACCCGUGCGGUCUGCCUGCGCGAGCUGUCCGACACCCGCGCGGCCUGCGAGCGGCAGCAGCGGCAGCUGCACGAGUUCUCCGGCGAGCUUGCCGCGCUGACCUUCUUGCGGAACUCCCCCGCGCCCGUGGACCCGCGCGUGGACGCGCUGGAGCGCGGCCAGCGGAAGCUGGCGGCGAGCGCCCGCAAGGCGUUGCAGACGUCGCUCGCGGUGCAGCAGCAGAAGCAGGAUGAGGCCGAGUCUGCCCGGGCCUCGCCCGAGCUGGAGCGCCAGGUCGCCCAGCGCCUGCGGCACCAGGACGACAGGCUAGACAAGGUGCUGAAGCUUGUCGACUCCCUGACAGACAAGGUCAUGCUCGCUGGCGCCCGUCCUCCGGGGAGCCCUCCGCCGAACGGCGCCGGCACCCGCGACCGAGCCACGCUGGAGCUGAAGAGCCAGGUUGAGGAGCUGGAGGUUCGCGUGCGGAUGAUCUCCUCGCAGACCGAGAUGAUCGCCAGCGGGCUGCCCACGGAAGGCUGGAACCACUCCAGCCUGCCGCCAGUUCUGGAGAGCCUGAACGCACGGGUGGACAGGAACAUGAGCGAGGUCUCGUGGCGCUUGGACCAGCUUGCCGAGCAGAGGGACCAGCAGCGGCUCGCCAUGCGUGAGCUCGCCGGGCAUCUCCCGGAGGCCGAGCAGAAGGUCGACCGGCUGUGGUCGCAGUGUCAGGCCUCGUUCGCGAAGGUGCAGGAGCAGCAGGUGCAGCUGGGCCUGCUACGCAGCACCGUCGAGCGAGUCGACGACCAGCUGAAGCAGCUCCUCGAUCCGCUGGCCACGAAUCGCAGGCCUGCCGCAGACUUCGGACCGUCGACGGCGCCUGCCCACGGCGCCUGCUGGCGCGCUGCGACAGGCGGCAGUCCCGCGGCCGAGACCGUCGAGCUUGUUUCCGAGCAGCACCGUGGCGGGAGGUGGGAGGCCGAGGACGACUUCAGGGCGCGCGGGCAGAUGCUCGCCGAGAUCAUGAAGCGGCUCCACGACAAUCCCGACUCGCGAGCAGGCAGCCCUGGCGGCGCCGCGUCCGACGUGUAGCGGCCGUGCCUCGCCUGCACGCGCAGGUAUCUCGGCGGCGUGCUGGAAUGUUUGCUGGUAAUCGGCGGCGAAAUCUGAACCCUGCCCUCGCCGCUCGGUGGGUAACUCGAUGGGCGGCGGGGGUAGGGGUUAGAACUCGUCGAGCACCUGGCGUGGCAAAAUCCGAACCGUACCCCUGCCUUCAAUCCGUCCAAGGGAAUCGACGGUUGGUAAGGGGUAGGGUUCGGAUGUCUGCACGGGGAGUCGCAGCGAGGACCUUUUGUACUGCGUCCCAGCAGAAUGGAUUACGGCUGGUUCGCGCCGCCUCGAUGCGACGGCGACGCCGACGCUGACGCUCAGGGUUGGAGCCCCCGUCGAGGCCCAUGUAAGGAGGCCUCCCCCCGCGCUGGGGCCUCCUGGCCUCUCCGCUCUCAGACGGCCCCAAGAGGCACCUUUUUGCAUUGGGAUCCGAUGCUCCUCCUUGCAUUCGUGUUCCUCCUCCUCCCUAUCCCUCCUCCGCCUGUCCACGCAUGCCUGGGCCAGCGCAUCGGUCGCUAGCUCCUUUUCCAGUUCCUCCU